AGCACGCGAUCUUCUCCGCGAGCGCGUGCCCAAGGCUUUCACGCGAAUCAGUGAUAGCGUUGAGGCGCUCAGUGUUAAGGCUAUCGACAUGGAAUUUGAUCCAGAGUAGGUGUGGUGCUGUAGGUCUGCUUAUAAAUUGUAAUUGAUUCAUUUGUAUUUGAGCCAGAGUAGGUGUACUGUAGGUUGUAACGACUUUAGAUCUAGACUUAGUAAAUAAUUUUGUUAAUUCUAGAGUAAUCCACCGUUAAACGGUGGAAUUCUCUAGAAGAUGUACUUAGAGGGCAAGGACUUUUUCUCUUCCACAAUAGAUAUGUUCUAUGUUCAUCUUCACAAGCAAGAGCAAAGAUAGAUCUGCUUCUUAGUUGCAGAGCUUUUGUUCCGGGAGUACUUGUACUUCUUGGAAUCGAUAAUUCGGAGAACAAGACGAGGGACGUGUGCAGAGCACUUUCAAUUUCUUUUGCUGCUCUAAGAUUACGUCCAGGCUCCUUUACCCCGCUGGACAUGCUGAGGAGAUGCUUGGUCGACUUAAUGCGGAACUCAGGGGAGAAAAGCGCGAUUCCGAGGCUUUUAAGACGCCAACACUUUGCUUCCACUGAUUUGGGUAGAACUACGCAAGUCAAUUCAUCUUAGAGGACAUAGAUUGACUCUUUUAUUUUCAGAGGUAGACUCGCCUCAUCAUGCGACUAUUACUUAACAAGUAUACGUGGAUGUUAGAAAAUGUUACACUAUUCUUUUCGAAUCGUAUUCGUCGUAAAUCGAUGAGAACCUCAUCUAAUAUCUUGCCUAGUGGACGAGACGGCGUGGAGGCAGCUAGUGUUGCUUUUUUACAACCCUGCUACCCAGCGGAAGAAGGAUUACGGUAA